GCUUCCCGUGCUGUUGUGAGGUUGCCUAUGCUUUUAAACAAAGCACCAGCAGAAAGACUGAGUUUUAAUAAGGAAAAAAAAUUGGGUGCUGAUGGCAGGAGUUAUGUAGCAUGAGAUUUAUGCAUAUAUAUAACUGGAAAUAAUUUUUUAGUAUUUUUUUAUGAGAUUUGGUAAAUAGAAUCUGUGCCUGCUUAUAGAGAACAGGGGAAGUAGAGUUCUAGGAUUGGUGACUGGGUUUAUAUCCAAGGUUGAGUUAUCAUCUGUGGAAAAAUGUUUGGAAUUUGGAAAUGCAUGAAGAGUUUUAAGAAGUAGCUCAACACAUCAAAUUUUGGCUUGUUUAAAUUUCUAAUUGUUCUUUAUCUUUCAAUCACAUGUUCUCAGUGUUUUUGCAGUUAUGCUUGUGAAUCUCACUGACUGUAUGUCUUUUGCUUUGUAUGUCUUCCUCAAUUUGGUCGAAAUUAUAAUGUAAGUAAUGAAUUUACUUAUAACAGCAGAUUGUGAUUAUCUGUCUUUAUAUGCGUCGCUCUUUAUUUCUGAUACUGUUAAUUAUUUUCUUUUUACAAUAUUAUUGUUAAUUAUGUUUUAGUUCGAGUAGCAUUUAUCAGGAAUGAUUUCCUCUUUUGCAUGUUACUCGAGGCUGUUCUCGACAUCAAUCCUUGAUCAUUUCAAUGCUUAAGAGAUUGCGGUGCUAUAAUACACCUGUGAUAUAAAAACGGCUUCGAAGAUUUUCCAAGUGAAGACCGGAGGUUUUUUUUUUUUUUCUAAAAUUUCUGCCGGGUGCCACAGUGACAUUUAGCUUGUGCUUGAAUCAUAGAUGUAUGCUAGCGCUCAUAGAAUGAAACGUAUGAAUUAUUCUUUGUCAUUGGAUGUCAAACAUUACUUAUAGCUUGUUAACUUAGAUAUUUAUUUUAGUAUAAUUUGAGUCAAUAUAUCACUGUAAUCUUAUGCCAACAGCUUGUUAAGGAAAAAGGAAAACGAAGGAAAGAAUAGAAGAGGCCGAGGAGGAGUAUCUUUCCUUGGUGCCAUAAGAGUAAUCGAUCAGAUUAAUGUUGAUUUGAAGUGCUCCCGUGCGGGGGAAUAUAAUAACAAGUUCUAAAUCAUGAAGAGGGCGAGGUUGUCUAUUUCAUUUCAGCUCCUGUUUGUGAUAGGAUGACAUGAUAUGAAGGAGGCGUGUUGUUUCCUACAAGCGUCAAUCAUAGCUUCUGUUGGCUUCUUAUCUCAUUUGUAACCUCACAAGCUCACUAUUGACCAUUCACUAAGAACAAGAGAUCAGACUGAAGCUUUCUGAACAAUUUCUCACGUUAGAUAUAACAAUUCCUUUCAGUUGAAUAGGGGAAAAAACAGGACUUUGGAUUUCGUUGGCACGAUGAAAACUGUAAGGUAGGGUACUAGGCAGCAAUUAACAAAAUUUCAUCCAGUUUCCACUAGUUUGUUGUGAAAUAUUUGUGGAAUUCACGUGGAUAAGGAGGGACUUUCCGUGGCUUUUUAAUUUGCGUGAAUCUUUCUUGCGCCAAUAUAAACGCUUCGAGGGCAUAAACAACCCUUUCCUUACCAUGGAAAUUGGGAGGCAGAAAGGGUCCGUGGAAGGGUUAAACAGAAGGACCCAAUAUGGAGCGUGGUGUUGUUGAAGAGCUGUUUUAAUUUAGGGACUCGAUAUCUUCCAUGCUUUCUCUCCUUCAUAGGCUUGUCUCUCGUCUGUUGUACAAGAGAUCAAAGAGAAAAUAAGGAUGCCUAUGGUGAGAGAGUUUGGUUCUCUUCUCUAUUUUCGUAUUAAGUCGGCUCAACUCUCUGCUAUACCUUGACUACCAGCAGGACUCAGGUAAGCUGUUGAGCCUUGGUUCCAAACCCGACUGUAUUUAACGCAGGUUUAAGGAAAAAAAAGAAAGAAAGAGAAAAAUGACAGAUCAUCUGGAUUCUUUCUGACUGAAGGGCUAUUGCAUAAUUAGCCUCAAUGAUGGCCUUUCUGUUGGUAUGUCUAAAUAAACAUGAAAUGCCCAAAUUUGAAUUUUGACUUACAGCUAAACAUAGAAUGCCCAAAUUUCAUAAUUUGCCUCGGCCCUCUGGUUCAGAAGUCCUGCAAGGCCGGUGUAGCUCUUCCAAAACUCGGGUCUUCGACCUUAAAAGACUAACCAGCAAAAGGAAAAAUGAUACUCUGAACUAAAAGUUUUCUAACUUUUGAAAGGAAUUAAGAGUUACUAAAUUUCGAAUCUAUAUGGGACUAAGCAAACUGGUUGUGGGCUUAUUGGAGUCGACGCCAAAGAUGUUGACAGCAUGACGUCUUUCUUCUUUUCUUUUUUUCAAUAACGAGACGUUUUAUUUUAUCCUUGGAUCCAAGCUCUGUUGGGAUAUACAGGAUUCAUCUCAGGUAACUUCUGGGGACUGUAUAUGUAAGUUGCAGACAUAUUUAGAUUUUUCUGCUCUAUUGGAUUGCAUCUUUUGGGUGUUUUUGAUGUUGGGAAGUUUCGUAAGGAUUAAGACUUUUCUGCUAAAUGCACUUUAGUUACGUUCAGAGUUGCCACUUGUUUUCAGUUAGGCCUGAAACCUUCAUCAACCUAGUAAUUUAAAGGUUUGUCCGAAGUUUGUCAAAAAAAUUUUCAUGGAAUCCAGCUUCAUAGAAAUUAAAGUAAUUUCCUGUAAGGAUCUGAAAGCAUUCAACUUCUUCCAGAAACUCUCAGUCUAUGCCCUAGUUUCUUUCGCCACUGAGGAUGACAAGAAAGUGAUUCAGAAGCAGCAGCAGAGGACACCGACUGACAGAGAAGGGAAUGGAAAUCCCGAGUGGAACCACACAAUAAGGUUUGAAGUGAGCAAGACCUUGUUUCAGGAUUGCGAUAACGUCUUUAUUCACUUUGAGCUGCGCCAUGAAGGAGUCAUGUUUGGAGACAAAACUAUUGGAGUAGUUCAUGUGCUAUUCAAGGAUCUGAUCCAAGAGUCUAAUGGAGUUGUUAGAUUUGUGACUUACGAGGUCCGGACUACGGAUGGCAAAUCCAAUGGAGUAUUGAAUUUCUCUUUUAUGGUAAGUGGAAACAAUCAAGGUUUACGGACGGACUCCCCAGCGAGCCAGAUAGCUGGCUAUCCAGUAUUUCAUCAUCAUCAUUCUCCUGAAACUCAAUUUUGUUUAUCAGAAGUUCAUAGCGAAUCGCCAAAAGUCCACUAUCCAUCUCUAGAAUUAGAAAAUAUGUUCCAGGGACCUCAGCUUCACACUUCAUCAUCUGGAACUCAAGAUCCGUUCCAAGAAACUUAUUGUCUGCCACAAACUGCUUACUAUCAGCUCUCGCCACCGCCACCGCCACCUCCCCCUCCCCCUGCACCCAUGGCACAUGGCCCUUGUUACCACCCUCCUCCUCCAGGGCCCAAUCCUUGGGGCCCCAGCCCUUAUUUGGGUGCUCAUGGUUACAGCACACAUGGGUCCCAGAUGGGCUCGGCUAACCUACCCUUCGAGAUGUGGCCAAGCGGUUGGCAAGCUGGGGGAAACCACUCGUCAUCCUGUGGGAAUGGCAGGUGAGGUCUCCUUUAGGAGAUUCUAGAAUAUGUUUGAACU